GUGCACUGGAUAGUACCUCGUCUAAUUAAUAGUCUAUUUACUGGGCGGUCAGAGCUUGUUGAUCGGAUCCAGAGCGCAUUGCGCAACAACGAGCCAGGCACACUCGAGCAGAAGCGUCUGGUCAUCACAGGCAUAGGCGGCAUAGGCAAGAGCGAGGUAUGCCUUAAGGUGGCAAGCCUAGUGCGAGAAGACUUCUGGGGCGUGUUCUGGGUCGACGUCAGCAGCCCAUCAAUAGCUAAGAAUGGCUUCUUAGCCAUCGCGAAGGCGCUCGGGUCGCCUGCAGAGAGCGUUGAGGAAUCGCUCCAGGUGCUCGCCAACACGCCUGACCGCUGGCUGCUGAUCCUAGACAACGCCGAUAACCCAGCGUUCGACUACACAGCAUACGUUCCGUCUGGGGCGCAAGGCGCAGUGAUCAUGACGUCGCGUGUGCCUGAGUGCAGCCAGUAUAGCACGCUGCCUACGGAAGCGCUCGAAGGUCUAGAGGAAGAGGACUCGAUGCAGCUUCUGCUUAAAGCUGCGCGUGUGCUAGAAGCAUCAUGGCAGGCUUGCAAAGAGCAGGCGCAGGCUGUCGUGCAGUUGCUAGGAUCACAUACGCUUGCGCUAAUCCAGGCGGGGGCGUACAUUGCAGAGAAGUACUGUCGACUAGACCAGUAUGCGGAAAAGUAUAAGCGGCUGCGCGAGCGGCUGCUAAAGCACUAUCCGAAGCAGCAGCAGUCACGGUACCGGCAUGUUUACGCGACGUUUGAAGCGUCCGUCGGGGUGCUGGCCGAUUCUGAGGAUGAGGUAGGCCGAGACGCGCUAGACUUGCUUAGGGUUCUCUCUAUGCUGCACUCUAGCGUGCUGCCACGUGACGUCUUUCGAGGCGCAUGGGGUGGAGCUCGAGAUGUGAUUAAGACCGACGACAGCCAGACUGACGAGAUGGACGAUCUUAGACAGUGGCACGUGUCUCAGCUGCCAGAGUUCAUCGACCAACAAGCCGACGAGUGGGACGAUUACCGGCUUAACAGAGCCAGCGCUCUCCUUGCGUCGCUUUCGCUGGUGACAGGACACCACUCAGAUGACCUGGACGGACUGUCAAUGCAUCCACUGGCGCACGCGUGGGCGAAAGACCGGCUAGAUCAGAAGCAGCAGCGAGCAGCGUGGGUGAGCGCAGGAUGUAUUCUUGCACUGUCACGCAGCGAGUCAGAGACGUGGCAAGUGUACGAGAGGCAGUUGCGGCCACACAUGCAGUCAUUCCUGUUGCCUGGCGUUGAAGAGACCAUUUUUUUUGGCCCGCCGGGAACGAUAUUGCCUAUCUUGCUAAGGUGUGGAUGGGCGUUGAAUAGGAUGAGGGAA